GCGGCUGGCAGUUGUGUCUGUGCUGUGUCCACUUGUGACUGAUAAGAAAGCUUAGACGAGACGCACGUUGUAACGUUGAUUUAUUCGUAUAAUUUUUUCAGUUUGAUCCUUGUGUGAUUCUUUUGGUAAAUACUUUAGUAACUAGUUUCGAGACCACAUAAUCUUCAGCGUAAUUGUCAAAAACCAUAAAUUCUCUUCUCACUUGGAAAUUUACCUUUAUUGGCAAGUAUUUGUUUCUAACCAUCACAGACUUACAUUAGCAGUCUGAUCUUGUUGACUGAAUAAGACCAGACUAAAGAGAAUUAUCAAGUAUUGGCAACCCAAAAGGUCCUGUUUUGAAUUAGCCUAGCAAUAAAAUGAGUCUCAGCAAUAUUGGACAAAAAACGGCAGCCUCCAUUUUACAGGAGCACUUGAUGAAGUUGGGGCAUGUUCCACAAUACGAUUUAGUCCGUGAUGAUACUGGUACGCAUAUUCCCACUUUUACUUACCGACUAGAGUUUAAUAAUGUUGUUGUUGAGGGAACUGGUUCAUCCAAGAAAGAAGCAAAACAGACAACAGCUCGUUUAAUGUUAGAAAAACUGGGAAUAACCAGUGCGGAAGAAAUGCCAAAAAUUGAGCCUACUGAGGCCUUACCCAUGAAGAAAGUGUGCAAGUAUAAUUCUGUUGGUGCAUUAACUGAGUUCUGCGCCCAAAUGAAAAUGGCUCAAGGUCCACAGUACUUCGAUGUCAGAGAGGAGGGCCCGCCCCAUGCUAAAUUGUUUACUGUCAGAUGCAGUGUAUCCCUCCUGUCAGAAACAGCAGUUGCUGGGACGAAGAAGCAAGCAAAGCAACAAGCAGCCCAGCAAAUGUUGACAAGGUUGAAGAACCUUCAAGUUAUUGAUGACGAGAACCAAAUUCUUUCGCCAGGCUCUUUUGAAGUAGUGACACCUGAAGAUGAACAGCCUUUGCUCAGCGAGGAUUUAAAGCAGAGAGUAAUGGAUCACUUUAAAGCCCUCCACUCAUUUACAUCACAGCAAGUUUGUGGCAGCAGUGUAUCAAAAUACCAUACCGUAUUUAAAUCAGAGAACACCACUGCUUCAGAAGUUAUCAGUAAUCUAGUAUCUCUGGUCAGAAAUCCUGACGCUCCUCUCAAUUACAACUUAGAGGCGCUUCAAGAGGGUAGAGAGGAACUUUUCAAAGAAGUUAUUUCGGAGUUAAAUGUUGAGGAGACAUUCAUUGAGAUUCCUGAUGAUGAAAACCCUCAAAUUCUUCUUAAUGUUAGCCACGCACCUAAUGUUUCCUUUCUAGCCUGUGCAUCUUCUAAAGAAAUAGCCAGGAAAAUUGCUAUUAGUCAGUAUUUACAAUUUAUCUCUACUUUAGUUUCAUAACAUCUUACCAAGGCAUAAUAUUCUGGCCUCUUAAGUUUAGAAUGACCGCCUCUCUCUGCUUAAAAUAGUUUCCAAAUUAUCCGUAGGCUUUGUAUUGGCUUAAGGUCAACUGUUGCUUUGUGUAGCCACGUUCAAACUAUCUGUAAGUUUAUACUUCCUGGAAAGAUGAGAAAUGGAAGAAUGAGACGAUAAUCUGCAAUUAGGAACUACAAUUUCCAGCUCAUUCAUAGAAACACCUUUGGUGUAAACGUUGUAUCUAGACUGAGCCAGAAAUGUAGUUCCCAAUUGCAAAAUAUAGUCCAAUGGGCCACUGAAUAGGGUAAAAAAUUUAGUACCACAUCACGAUAACCCUCUGAUUUAAAAUUUCAAUUAGGGUUUUGAGAACUCAUUGAAGAUUUCUAAAUUUAACACUUCAGUGAGGAUUGGUACUGUCUGUCUUCAUUAAUGCUGAUCUGUUUACCUAAAAACCGAAGUCAACAUGAGGCAAAUUCUGCACUAAAAUAAUUUCAGUGACCUUUACAUGCAAGGACAAAUUCUUUGAGUGUCUUAACAUUCCGGUGCUAAGUUAGGAAGUUCUGCAUGAUAAUAUGAGAGUCAGGGAGAUACUUGGUGAAACAAAACUCUAGUCAUUUGCAUAACACUGAAGUUAGUCUUUGACUGUUGAUUGGACCUACUUAAAUUCUAGCUUUUCUUCUAUUUCGGAUGUUUGAAUCUCAAUUAAACCAAGUAAACUAAAAUGAAGAAACAUUUUCUUUGGUACUAAUUCAUACCCUGUCUAGUGGUCCAUUUUUCCAAGAUCUCUGUGGUCUCAUUUUCAGUAAUCAGCAGAUAGAGAUCAGAAUUCAAUUAUGUACAAGAUACCACUUAUAUAAUACAUAUUACUCACCUCGAAAGAGAAAAAUGAUUUUUCUGUGGCUGCUAGACCGUUGAAAAACUGUAACUCUCAAGCUGCAAUUGUUUUCCUUAAUACAUGCCAGUUGUUUUAUGAGCAACCCUUUUAUCUCUUCAAACAGCAUCUCAAAAUUUUAACCCAACAGCAUCAUGCGAUAAAGACUAUUGGAUUUCUGCAUGACUGGAAGUAUCAGAAAGUCUUUAAAAAAGUAAGUCAUACUUUGGAUUGAUAAAAAUUUAAAGUCACCAUGCAGAAAUUUAGAAUCCGCUCUCUUUAUUAUAAUUAUAUUGAAAAACUUCUCACAUAAAUUCCUUACUUUCCUCUCAUAAUAAUUUCUUUUAGAUUGUAACUGUAAUCAAUUUUUGAUCAGAUUCAGUCUUUUUCUGUCUCUCAGCUGAGCUGUCCUUUGAUAGAUGCUGUCAGUUGGAGUUAAAAAUGAAGAAAGAUGAAAAAUUUUAGGAGUAUUAGUAUACAAUAGUUUUGAAAAGUUAAGAAUUGUCGUUUUCUCCUUACUGCCACAAGAAAAUUAAGCUCUACACUCUACAAUAGUCCACCAAAAAUUGGCUCACUAUAUGUUAAGUUUGGGUGCCUUUAUUGUUACCUUGUGUUAAUCAACAUGUCAGGAGGAUUUUCAAAAGAAUUUUUUUUAGAUAAGUCCUUUCAUUUUCAGUUGGAUUCCCUUGAAAAUCUUUACAGUCACUACUGAGUUUUCCAAAGCCUUCACCUUUUCAUAGGUGCAAUCAUUAUCUGCAGUAAAUUUUUCCUUUGAUUAUCGCGCGACCAUCAUUUAUGGGUGGACAGGGCAAAAUAUCCCUUUCAAACACGGUAAUUUUGGAUUGAUAGACAUACGAGGGAUGUGUAAAAAAUGUGUGGGGGAAUUUGGGGUUGAACGGGAAAAGUAUCCCUCCCAACGAGGGUUUUCAUGGAUAGGUAAGGAAACAAUUGGUGUUGUUAUGUUCUGCCUGCAGGACGGCAUGGGUGUGGAUGAAAUGAUGAAUCAAAAGAAUCAGGGAGAUGAAGGAGUAUAACCAAUAACACACUGAAUGCGAAUGGAUAAACUUUGUGUUCCAACAAGCGAGAUCACAAGAAUGCAUAUUUCUCUCGAGCUACACUCGACAGACUCAGUACCUGCAUCUAUGAACACCGAAAAAGCACCGGUGGAUGGUGGAUGCCACAUGAAUCACACCCACCCUCUACUAAAAAUUAUCACGAAGUAGGAUAAUAAAACUAAUACCGCAUAAUGAAUAGUACGUGCUAAACGAUAAACAAAAGCAGGAGGGAACCUAAAGUCAACAAAGGUUGCGAACAAGCUUUUAUAUCAAAGUAAAAACUUGGCAAAAAAAAAAGUACCUUGAAGAGGUUUAAGGGGUGUGUCGAAAAGAAAAACAACAAAAUUAAAUUAAAAUUUUCGAGGUACAUGACAUGUACACGACAUGUAUGACAUGUAUUCAAAUGCACACGCUUCAGUUCAUUGCACAUGCAACAAUGUAGCAGGUUGAUCGUAACUCUUAGGAACAAUACCCUUAAAAAUGGGCAUAUUUUUGCUUAAUCAAAUGUAGACUUCCUCACUAUCCCUAUAAAAAUGUGUUGCAGGUCUACUUAUUGUCGAAGGCUAAAGUUGCGUUAUUUUAGAAAUUGGCUUGAAAUAUUUACUUGCAAUAGUCAGACAGUCUCGAAGUUUAUAAUAAGGCUGAAUGGUGGGAUAUUUUUUGAAAGUGUCUCUAGCUGGCCAAACUGUAUGGCACAGCCGCAUUACCCUUGAUGACAAAACUUUGCCCUCGGCCGUUUCUAGAGCAAUAGUCUCACUCGUAACUGACAGUUAAGUAGACAGUUCGAUACAGAAGACUUCCUCUGUCAGUUUGGUCUUUGGUAGUUGGCAAUCGUGAUAAAGCGUCAGCUGCCGCCGUAUAUGCA